AUGGCUGAGGAGACCAAGAAGGAAAAGAGAGAGCGGAAGGAGAAGAAGAAGCAGUUGAAGGAGAAGAAGGAGGAGGCUGCGGAAGAGUCAAAGAAGGAGGAAGUCAAAAACGAUUCUCCAGCUCCGGAAGACAAAGCCGCUUCCGAUGAGCUCGAGAUCGAUUUGAGUGCUGGCGUGCCACUUUCCAAGAAACAGCAGAGAUUGUUGAAAAAGGGCAAGUUGAACGUGGAGAAGCUCGCCAAGAAGCACCCCACACCCAAGAGAGCCGACGAGGAGGAGACACCCAAGUCCAGCAAAUCGCCCUUUGGUGUGUGGAUUGGAAACCUCUCUUUCGACACCACCAGAGACGACCUUGUCAGAUUCAUUGUGGGCAAGUCCCAGACUUUCGGAAACGACUUGGUGAAGAUCGCCGAGGAGGACAUCUCGAGGGUCAACCUCCCGAAGAAAAACGGCAAGAUCAAGGGUUUCGCCUAUGUGGACCUUCCUAGCCAGAAGCAUGUGGACAGCGUGGUGCUGCUUAGUGAAGCCAACCUCAACGGCAGAAACUUGCUUAUCAAGAACUCUACGUCGUUUGAGGGCCGUCCCGAGGGCGAUGGCCAGAAGGCGCUUUCCAAGAACCCACCUCUGAGAAUUCUCUUUGUGGGUAACCUUUCGUUUGACACCGCCGAGAGCGAUUUGGAGGAGCAUUUCAGACACUGCGGCGAUAUCGUGAAGAUCAGAAUGGCCACCUUUGAAGACUCCGGCAAGUGCAAGGGUUUUGCAUUCAUUGACUUCAAAGACGAGGAAGGCCCCACCACGGCUCUCAAAUCCAAGUUGGCCAAGAAACUCAUAAAUCGUCCUUUGAGACUUGAGUAUGGUGAAGACAGAUCGAAGAGAACGCCAAACAGAGUCCGUGAACAGGUUCAGGAAGGUGAGAUCAAGGAGGCAGCACCUGUGGAGAGACAAGAAAGACCAGCAUUCAGAGAGAGGACCGAGGAGGCACCAAGACCUAAAAAGAGAACAUUCAACGAUACGCCAGUUCCAGGAAAGAGACUCAAGUCUUCGGUGGCUCUUGCAAGUGCACAAAGAGCCUCUGCUGCCAUUGUUCCUUCUCAGGGCAAGAAGACCACCUUCGAUUAG